GACGUAGUUUACAAAUUUUGUGGGACUCAUCUUCUUGUUUCAUAUGAUUUUUAUCUAAGUUUACAUGCGUAUAAAUAUGGAUUCCAUUGCAUCUUGUUAUGUCAUCAAGAUCAGAAGAGUGAUUUGUGUAUAGUUUUCGCUACAAUUUUACAUCCAGCUUCUCACUGCCUCAUCAGAAAUGACAACGAAUUCUUCCAACGGGACGACAACGACAAAGCCACCACCGAUGCCUUCUCCUCUGCGUAACUCCAAGUUUUUUCAGUCGAAUAUGAGGAUCUUGGUGACAGGAGGAGCUUGAUUCAUUGGUUCACAUCUCGUUGAUAAAUUGAUGCAAAACGAAAAGAAUGAGGUAAUCGUUGCGGAUAAUUACUUCACAGGAUCAAAAGACAAUCUCAAGAAAUGGAUCGGUCAUCCAAGAUUUGAGCUCAUUCGUCAUGAUGUGACCGAGCCUCUAUUAGUCGAGGUUGAUCAAAUCUACCAUUUAGCAUGUCCUGCAUCACCAAUUUUCUAUAAGUACAAUCCGGUUAAGACGAUAAAAACAAAUGUGAUUGGCACACUUAACAUGUUAGGACUAGCUAAGCGGGUUGGAGCUAGAAUUUUGCUUACUUCGACAUCUGAAGUGUACGGUGAUCCUCUUGUUCACCCUCAACCCGAGAGCUAUUGGGGAAAUGUAAACCCGAUUGGUGUUAGAAGCUGUUACGAUGAAGGAAAACGUGUUGCCGAGACUCUGAUGUUUGAUUACCAUAGGCAACAUGGGAUUGAAAUACGCAUAGCAAGAAUUUUCAACACAUAUGGUCCUCGUAUGAACAUAGACGAUGGUCGUGUCGUGAGCAACUUCAUUGCUCAGGCUCUCAGGGGAGAAGCUCUAACUGUUCAGAAACCGGGAACACAAACCCGCAGUUUCUGUUAUGUAUCAGACAUGGUGGACGGUCUAAUGCGACUGAUGGAAGGAGACCAAACCGGACCGAUCAACAUAGGCAAUCCAGGCGAAUUCACGAUGGUUGAACUCGCUGAGACGGUUAAAGAGCUUAUUAAACCGGACAUCGAAAUAAAAAUGGUAGAGAAUACACCCGAUGAUCCAAGACAGAGGAAACCAGACAUAAGCAAAGCUAAAGAAGUUCUUGGUUGGGAACCAAAGGUGAAGCUACGUGAAGGGCUUCCUCUUAUGGAAGAAGACUUCCGUCUCAGGCUUGGUGUUUCAAAGAAGUGAAUGAAACUUAUUUCAAGAAGAGAAAAAACUUAUUUCAAAAAGAUUCAUGGAUUUGUAUGUUUGUUUUUUACCACUCUUUUUCUCUUUUUAACUUGCUAAUCCCCGAAGCCUGUUGAGCUUGUGUUUUUAUUCUUUUUUGCAUUUUUGAGUUUGUAGUGAAUAAACUUCCUAACGAGGAACAUUUUAGGGAGUGAUGUUGUACUACUUGGAUAUUUUCAUGAGCAAUGUAAUUAAUGAGAUCAACUAAGCCUAGUUGACAACAUGAGUCAUUUUAUCGUCA